CAGCGCAGAGCCCCUUCCCAGCCCAGCCAAGGCACCGCGACCACCGCGGCCGCCCCCCCCGCCGCCCCGGCCAUGAGGUCGGGCCGGAGAGACGGCACCUGUGUGGGGAGGUGAGCGGAGCCCCGGUGCCUUCCUCCUACCCCCGGGCAGCCACCGCGGCGGGGGAAGCGCAGGGGGUGGAGGAAGAGAAAGGGAUUUUUAUUUUUAUUUUAUUUUAUUUUAUUUUAUUUAUUUUUUUUUAUAACACAUCAAUAUAUUUUUGCUGCCAUCAAUCCCGAUCCCGCGACUGAAGCCCCCGGAGGGAGAAGUGCUGCGCGCUGUGAUGCGUCUUCCUCUCGCCUCGGCUGCCAGUUUGGAUUGUAGCGCCCGGCUCCGUGCACCGCGAGGAUGGCUCGGUUUGGGGAUGAUCUGCCGACCCGCUAUGGAGGUGGAGGGCCGGCCGGGGCUGGAAGAGGGAGCAGCCGGCAAGGUGGCCCCCAAGCCGGCCAAAGGAUGUAUAAGCAGUCGAUGGCUCAGAGGGCCAGGACUAUGGCUCUCUACAACCCCAUCCCUGUCAAACAGAACUGCUUCACAGUCAACAGAUCCCUCUUCAUCUUCAGUGAAGAUAAUGUUAUACGGAAAUAUGCCAAGCGAAUAACAGAAUGGCCUCCAUUUGAAUACAUGAUUUUAGCUACAAUCAUAGCCAAUUGUAUCGUGCUGGCUCUGGAACAACACUUGCCGGAUGGAGACAAGACGCCGAUGUCGGAGAGAUUGGACGACACUGAGCCCUACUUUAUUGGAAUAUUUUGUUUCGAGGCUGGGAUAAAAAUCAUCGCUCUGGGGUUUGUUUUUCACAAAGGCUCUUACCUGCGGAACGGCUGGAACGUGAUGGAUUUUGUCGUGGUCCUCACAGGGAUUCUGGCGACUGCUGGCACUGAUUUUGACCUGAGGACGCUGCGAGCUGUGCGAGUGCUGCGACCCCUGAAACUGGUGUCGGGAAUCCCGAGCCUGCAGGUUGUGCUCAAGUCCAUCAUGAAGGCCAUGGUGCCCCUGCUGCAGAUCGGGCUGCUCCUCUUCUUCGCCAUCGUGAUGUUUGCCAUCAUCGGGCUGGAGUUUUACAUGGGCAAGUUCCACAAAACCUGCUUCUCCAACGAGACAGGUGAUGAGGUGGGAGAUUUCCCUUGUGGAGAGGAGCCCCCUGCCAGGCAGUGUGAGAGCGGGACCACCUGCAGGGAGUACUGGCAAGGGCCCAACUACGGCAUCACCAACUUCGACAACAUCCUCUUCGCUGUGCUCACCGUCUUCCAGUGCAUCACCAUGGAGGGAUGGACAGACAUCCUCUACAAUACAAACGACGCUGCAGGAAAUACCUGGAAUUGGCUUUACUUCAUCCCUCUCAUCAUCAUUGGCUCUUUCUUCAUGCUCAACUUGGUGCUGGGCGUCUUAUCAGGUGAAUUUGCCAAAGAACGGGAGCGGGUGGAGAACCGCCGAGCUUUCCUCAAGCUCCGCCGGCAGCAGCAGAUCGAGCGGGAGCUCAACGGGUACCUGGAGUGGAUCUUCAAAGCAGAGGAGGUCAUGCUGGCGGAGGAAGACAAGAACGCAGAAGAGAAAUCUCCUCUGGACGGGAGGGCCGCCUCGGAAGGGCCGAUCCACCAAGGCACGGCACCGGCAGAGACUAGCAGCGGCAGCAGCUACAACAUGUUGAAAAGAGCCGCGAUAAAGAAGAGCAAAAACGACCUGAUUCAUGCAGAAGAAGGUGAGGACCAUUUCACAGACAUUUGCUCCGUUGGAUCCCUGCAUGGAUAACAAGGAACAGUCAUUUUUGGAACAGUUGUCCGUGGUU